GGCGAGCUGAGAGCCAAGCGCGAGGAGCCACAGCCGCCCGGGCCCCGCCGCCGCCGCCGUCGCUGCACAAAGCCACGAGCCCGCCCCGGAGCCAUGUCCGCGUCGGCCGGUGGUGGACACCAGCCCAGCCAGAGCCGCGCCAUUCCGACACGCACCGUGGCUAUCAGCGACGCAGCGCAGCUACCUCAGGACUACUGCACCACGCCCGGGGGGACGCUGUUCUCCACAACACCGGGAGGAACACGAAUCAUUUAUGACCGAAAGUUUCUGUUGGACCGUCGCAAUUCUCCCAUGGCGCAGACCCCACCUUGCCAUCUGCCCAAUAUCCCUGGAGUCACCAGUCCUGGCGCCUUAAUGGAAGACUCCAAAGUAGAAGUGAACAACUUGAACAACCUGAACAAUCACGACAGGAAGCACGCAGUUGGGGAUGAGGCUCAGUUUGAGAUGGAUAUCUGACCCUGCUGCAGUGUCGAAGGCGGCCCCUGACGCGGCCCGUGUGCACCUGACUGGACCAGUAGGAACACCGUGUACAGAGAAGCUCCAGUCCCCCUGCCCCCUCUGGGUGCCAAAUAAUGGGAGAUGUGCUCUGUCCACCACAUCUUCCCAUCUCCUGCCCUCUGCCCACUUAAGGUUAGGCUGAUGAAUAAGCCCAUGGAUUACUCUGUGGAGCUGACCGGUCCACAGACGAAAGCAGUCCUUAUAGCCUCCUGAUCAUUUCCCAAGAAUCGUCCUGCCCUAUUAAGAUUUGCCCCCAGUCUAGGACAGUCUCCAAACAGCAGCUCUGCUUGCAGGGGCUUGGGGGUGACGGAGGUUCAGUGCCCAUUGCUGUUCUUGGGCUCUCCCUGUCUUUCCCUGCAGCCUACUGCUGAUGGCGUGCUGGAGGUGGGGGAUGUUUAUCCUCAGCACGGGGGCACAGCUCCUGUACCUCCCGCACUUCCGACUACAGUCAGCCUCCCUUUCUCUGGGAGGAAGGCUUCUGUCUUGUCUUGGGUGUGAUAGUUCAUCCCCCCACCCGCCAUUCCUUUACCUAAUUCAUUGGCACGGGUAUUUUUUAAGCCCCACUUGGUGACCCCUUGGUGACCAGCUGGUCUUUGCUUGUCUGACAUUCUUUCCUGCAUCCUGCAGGCAGAGCCUCUCCACCCUGACACACCCUGUGACUUCUGUCUGCUCCCAGAGCAGAAGUGCCAACACUGGCCUGCGCCUGGUGGGUACAGCCGGGUGGCAGCGGUCCGCCUGAGAAUAUCUCAGUGGCCACUGAGGACUGAGCCACGGUGCAGCCAGCCUCAGCGGUCAUGGUUAAACCGGGUCCGCCUUGGUAGGUUUGGUGUUCUGCAGGUCACUGUACCAUGAGUCCCCACAUUUCUUCCCUGCUUCGGAUCUGCUUUGUGCUUGGCUGCAGAGAGAGAGAGAAGUACGGGCUGAGGCUCAUUCCUCCCACGUGUCUCGCCCUCCUCAUCAUUAGUCCGUUUGUCUUUCCCCCUCACUCUCUUUCCUUCUGGUUCUUCCACCGGGCCAUUUUCCAAAUCUACAUCAGAGAUGCCUCCCAUGUUGGUAUCUGAUAAUAUCUGUCUCUCCUUAUCAGAGGAGAGACCUUUUAUUUUUAAGAUGACUACAGACCUAUUUUUAGAUAAGUUUUCAGUACAAUUUUGAACUGCGACUUUUUUAACAAAACAUCUUCCAGUAUUGGGAAGGUUAUUUUAAAAAAAGAAGAAAAAAAAGCAAAAACAAUGUUUGUAGGCAUGUCCCCUGCUGUCACUGUCCCUUGUCUCCCAUAGCUCCUUCUGAGUGCUUUCCUGUGCCCUCAAGUUUUGGGGGCUAUCUGGAGUGUGAAAUGGGUGUUUUGUGGAACUGGACCAGUCUGCCUUGCCAUAAGCUGUUGAAGAAAACUCUCUUCCCCUCCCCUCUCUUUCUUCCCCUCCUCUUCUGUCUGUCUGUCUGUCUGUCUCCCCCCUCCUCCCCCCAAACCCCCACUCUCUUGGUCCUGGGCCCACGAGGAGAUCCCAGGAGAGCGGCUUCUGACAGACAGGCUCAUACAUCUGUCCUCCUACAGGAAGACAGUAGAGCAGCCAGGGUGCCCUGGGAGCGUCUGGUUGUAUAGGCUGCCUAUACUAAGCCUUCUUAGUAAGAUUUCAGGUCCCCAUUGGCUGGGAAAGAAAACUGUUUUUCUUUUGAACCAUGGAGAGACCCUCUUUUGUGAAGACUUUAGGAAAAAGAAAGGGCAUCUUCAGACCUUGGUUCUGGUUUCUGCUACACAAUGUGAAUAGCUCGGAGUGCAACCCUCUGUGACGGUCUCUGUCUCAGGAAUAAGCUUGGGGGUCUCCAUUGCUUGGGGAUUCUUGGAGUCUCCAACGUGAUAAUCACAAGAGUUUUAUCUCUCUGUUAAAUGUAUCUGUUGUGUUUUUAAUUAAACUCCAAAUUUCAUUUCCUAUGGA